AUGCGGCGGCUGGUACGAUGUCGAGCAGAUGCUGCAACGCGGCAAGGACAAGCCGCCGCAUUGCCGCCGGGCCAGGCCCCAAAGCAGAACCGGGAGGAGGAGCCUCAAGCGCGCCAGGCGGCAACGACUCCCACGGAAAGGCCCCUGGAGGAGGGGUGCCAGGUGUCGCAGCCACAUUGCGUGGCAGCGACGGACCCGGUGGCGGACCAGCGGGAGCAGGGGAGGGCGGGACAGGAGGCGCCGAAUUCAGCGGCGGGGGAAGGGAGCCGUGGUGGUGGGGAGGUUGCGGAGGUGGCGACAGGGCAGGAGGAGAUGCAGGACGCGGCGGGUGUGGCUGCUGCUGUGGAUCCGGCUGUGACGAAUGCCGCUGCUGCUGCUGGGGCGGCUGCACCGUGCGGGGCUGAGACUGCGCGCGCCCCCGGGGAUCCCGCCGACGGCGACGCGGCUGCUGCUGAUGGUGCUGCGCAGGAGGGCGCCUGUAGGGAUGGGCCCGCGCACGAAGCGAACGAUUCUAUGGGGAGCGCCAGGGCUGGCCGGGGUGCGAGGGGGCGGCCCCGCCUUCAGCCAACGCCGCGACGGCUCGGAGUAGCGCUGGCACCUGCCCGCCCAGGGCCUCUCCACGAGUGGGCUCGGCAAGAACCGACGCCGCACGAGCAAGAGCGGGCGGUGCCGGGCCCCGACGCUGAGGAGGCAUCAUGA